AUGAGUGGCUCGAGCACAACAACAUUGACGGUGCUGUCUCUCAACUGUUGGGGCCUUGCCGUAAUAUCAAAGUUGCGGCCACAGCGAAUGGAAGCAAUAGCUGAUGCCCUGGCUACUUCGGCUUAUGAGAUAGUUGGCCUGCAAGAGGUGUGGGUAUACGCAGACUAUGAGCUCAUCAGGUCAAGAACCAAAUCGAGAUUCCCUUAUUCAAAGUUUUUCCACAGUGGAAUAUUCGGUGGUGGGCUAGCAAUUCUAUCGCGAUAUCCUGUCGUGGAAGUCUCCUUCCAUCCAUACAGACUGAAUGGCCGGGCAAUAAAUUUUUAUCAUGGUGAUUGGUAUGUUGGAAAAGGUGUUGCGAGUAUAGUCAUCGACCAUCCAGUGGGAGGAUUCACCGAGGUGUUUAAUACGCAUACACAUGCUGGAUAUGGACCUAGAGAAAAGGACGAAUAUUUAAGUCAUAGAAUCGCGCAAGGGUGGGAGAUAGCCAACAUAUUGAGAGCAUCUGCGGCACGGGGACGUAAUGUCAUUGCUCUCGGUGAUUUUAACAGCAGAUCCGACACCUUAUUCUACAAACUCGUUACUACACACGGACAAAUAACUGAUGCUUGGAAUUUCCAACAAAAGACUUCAAGGUUCUGGUGUAGUAACGCAAAAGUUGUGUUUACGGAAGUGAUACCAGAGUUGAAUUGUAGUUUUACUGACCAUUUUGGCGUCGAGGCUACUUUCACGAUUGUAGGGGGUGGUAAAGCUUCGGUUAUUCCGUUGACUGUUUGGGAGCAGGGGAUGUAUGAUUACGAGCAUGAUUCGGAUUCUGCAACAUUUGAUGACAUACUCGAGGUUUUCCGCAACGACCUUGAGAAAUCCAUAUCAAAGCAAAAAUUGCACUUUGCAAUUUUUUACACGUCUUCAUCUAUAAUUUUUAUCGGCAUCUUAAUGACCAUAAUUAUUCAAGCUAGUGCUCUUAACCCCCCAUCUUGGGUUAUUGUUAUCAUUACUAUUGCUAUAGCAUUGUUCGCCGCACUUGGUACUAUAUUUGGGUUGAUUGGGCUGCUGUCUGGGAAUUCAGAACAGAAUGGAUUGAAGUUGGUGAUUGAUGAGGUAGAAUCGUGGACUGAAGGAAAGAAAAUAGUAGAGAGCAGGAGAACUAGCUACAGAGAUGAUGGAGGUGGUAGUCAGCGAUCGUCCGGGGGCGUGGAGAUUGAUGUGAAAAAAUUGACUUGA